AGAAAAUUCCCGAAAUUUGUAACAAGAGAAAUGGAGAACACAUACAUUGAAGAGUUGCGGUCCUCAGUGAACUUGCUGAUGGCAAAUUUGGAAAGUCUUCCUGUGUCUAAAGGUGGGCCAGAAUUUAAACUGCAGAAGUUAAAGCGAUCACAGAAUUCUGCGUUCUUGGACAUAGGAGAUGAAAAUGAGGUUCAGCUGUCGAAGUCUGAUGUGGUCCUCUCCUUUACAUUAGAGAUUGUUAUAAUGGAGGUCCAAGGUUUAAAGUCAGUCGCUCCCAAUCGAAUCGUCUACUGCACCAUGGAAGUGGAAGGGGGAGAGAAGCUUCAGACAGACCAAGCAGAAGCUUCCAGGCCACA